GCUCACUUAGGUGUUCUUCCUUUUCUAGAUGGCAGACUGUGGAGGACUGCCCCAAGUAGUUCAGCCUGGGAAGCUCACCGAGGCCUUCAAGUACUUUUUACAGGGAAUGGGCUACAUACCAUCUGCCAGCAUGACCCGGCUUGCCCGAUCACGAACAUACUCAGCCCUCAGUAACAUCGGAUCUAAAAAAUUUUAUUUCACCCAACCUGUGACCAGCAGUCAGUCAGAUGGAGCUCAAGAAGUCUGUGGGCCCUCUAAUCUCCUGAGCACACUCCAGACCAUGGAGGUGCCCUGCUAAGCAGAUGGGUCCUCCCUGGACCAUGCAAGUCCCUCCUCCUUCAGAUGACCGCUCCAUAAUGGAACAUUUCAUCCUGUCAGCUGGCCUCCACUUUCACUCAUGCAUGGCCACAGCACCUCUUUCCAGUAGCCUGGAUUUCCCAUUCUCUCCACACACCCCUUUUUGUCUGUACCAAGAACCACACACACCCAUGCCAUUACUGUAACAUUCCAACAUCUUGAUCCGAUCUGAUCUCCAUAUCUUCUCUUGCCAGCCUUUCCCUAUGCUCCCUCAAAUAUGCAUCUGAUGAAAUUCUUUGAUUCCCAACUCCAUGUGUGUGCGAGCAUGCGUGUCUGUGUCUGUGUGUGCAUA